AUGACAAUGUUGAAAUCCAUUCAAGAUGGUCAGAAAAAACAGUCUGACGAUAUCAGGUCUUUAAAAGACCGUGUACAAGAGAUUGAGGAAUGUGAUGAGGGGAAUUAUAAUUAUGAUGAUAAUUAUGAUGAAGGUGAAGAAAAUCCCCAUGAUGAUGGGGAAAAUGUAGAAAUUGAAAGUGAAACACCUGCAAAGAAGCAGAAAAAAGAUGAUAAUUGUUCCAAGGUGGGAAACAAGUUGAAGUUUGGAAAUGGCAGAGGCGGAGGCUUCUACAGAGGUGGUAGAGGAGGCCAUAGAGGAAGCAGAGGUGGCUACCGUGGAGGAAGAGGUGGCUUCCGAGGAGGAAGAGGUCGAGGUUCCGGCCCUGUUCCAAAAAACUCCCAGAGAGGAGGAAAUCCACAAAAGUAUUAG